AUGCACGUGGAUGACAUUGCAGAGGAGCAGGAUGCCAGAGCGCAGGAUCGCGAGCAGCUGCGCACGGUGCGGAGCCUGGAGCUGCUGCGCUGGGACGCGCUCCUGGAGGAGCCUUCAGAACCGGCCGCUUCCGCCGCUUCCGCGCCGGAACGUUCCGCGCCGAAGGCGGAGACCGGAACGGAGGAGGUCCCCACUCGACGCGGCAUCAUCCGCUUCCUGUACCUCGUGGUGGAUAUGACGCAGGCUGCAGCGUUAGCGCGGCGCCUGGAGACGCUGCGCAAGGGGUGCCUCACCUUUGCAGAGCGCCUUAGCAACGAGAGCCCGCUCUCGGAGAUGGGGCUGCUGGCCUUGCGCCAGGGCGGGUGUGAGACCUUGGCGCCGCUGGGCAGCAGCCCGGCGCAGCUGCGCCGGUGCCUGGACGGCGCCGCCAAGGAGGGCGCGCGGGGCGUGUGCUGCGCAGUGAGCGCCUUGCAGCGGGCCUUGCAGGGCCUGGACAACGCACCCACCUACGGCCUGCGGGAGGUGCUGGUGCUCUUGGCCUCAGUGGGCACCAACAACUUGCAAGACCUCACGCUCGAGGAGGUGACGCCCUCCUUGCGCGCCAAGGGCCUGCGGGUGUCAGUAGUGUCGCUGAGCCCCGAGAUCUUCGUGCUCCGGCGCCUUUGUGAGGACACCGGCGGCCGCUUCGAGGUGGCGCUGGAUGUGCAGCACUUCGAGGACCUGCUGUUGAAGCACUUGACGGCGCCCAGCGUGGGCUCCGGAGCGGUGGCGCCGAGCCUGGUGCGCAUGGGAUUUCCGCAGCUGCAGCCCGAUGCGCAGGCGAAGAACAAGCCGUUAGCUUGUGCUUGCCAUCUUCAUGCACAGAGCUGCCUGUACACCUGCCCGCAGUGUGCGGCGCAGAGUUGCAGCCUGCCCAGCCGGUGCCGCAUCUGCGAUCUCCCGCUGGUCUCCGCCUGUGUGCUGUCCCGAGCCUUCAGGAGCGUGGUGCCGUUGCCGGCCUUCGCCCCGGCGCAGCUCGGAGGAGAGAAAUGCAAGGGCUGUCAGCAAGCGCUGGAGGCUACAGGCGCAAGACAAUGCAGAAGCUGCCGGCACUUCUUCUGCCAGGGGUGCGACGACUUUAUCCACCAGGUGCUGCGCCAAUGUGGCGUGCCCAGAAUUUUAAGGCGUUGCACCCAUGUGUCUGUCCGAGAGGUCAUGACAGAGGCGGAGGUGGAUGAGGUCACCGACGCCUUCAGCCUGGCUUUUCUGCAUGGGGAGCCGCUGACCGAGCGGCGAGACCACCAAAACUUCACCCGGCUCUUCACUCCGCGGAUGGGCGUCGAGGGCCUGACGAUCCUGGCGCGGGACAAGCGCAGCGGACGCAUCGCCGGAGGGUUCCUCAACUCGGACCUCUCUGCGGAAAACCCGGCGGGCCUGCAGGCGGUGAUCGACGCGGAUGGGAACAUGCCGGCGCUGGCGGCCAUCGGUGAGUUGGACGACUUCAUCGACGCGUUCCAGCUGGACUCGGCCAAGGAGCGGCCCGAGCUGCCGAAGGGCCGCUUCUUCCACCUCUGGAUGCUGUGUGUGGUGCCGGACUAUCGGGGCCAGAAGCUGGCCAGUGAGCUCACCCGGCGCUCGCUCAGCUUGGCCAAGGCCAAGGGGUUCAAGUACGCUCUGGUGGAGUGCACCGGGAAGGGGUCCCAGGGCGCGGUGCGCGCAAAUGGCGGGAGGCCGCUCUACACGCUGGACUAUGCCACCUGGAGGUUCAAGGGGGAGCCGGUGUUCAAGACCUUGGCAGAGGGAACUGGCGGGGAAGCGAUCGAGGGCAUGGUGCUCUUUGUGAUCGACUUGUAG